AUGAGCCAACGUGCAUUUUUCUCGACUGCAGGUUCAGAAAUUAUGGGACAAUCGCAAAUUCUUGAUGGCUUACCGACAACUAAUAUAGGCCCUGCUGUAACGUCUGUGCAAUUUCAAUCAUCUGGUUGCUCAACUUCGGUUCUCUAUCAAUCUACCGUUACACCAACGUUUUACACUUCAACUGGAUCUCCAUUUCAUAGUACUGGGGCAUUUCUACCUCCGUCUGUCGAGGAUCGCAAGGAAUAUGUGGCUGUUUUGCCAGCCGGUGUUCAAAUAAAUGAUGCGUCGGGCCUAAUACCAGCAAGUGGGAGAGGCACUCUUGCAUCCGUGGGAACAGUUGACACUGCCAGUUCAGUUGCUCAGCUUACCGCGGUCCCACUUUCACAUGUACAGUUGGCGCCCGUACAGCUGGCUAAUGACGGGCAGUCAAAUACUCAACAGCAAAUAAUUUAUGAGCAUUAUUAUGUUGAUCAGCAACACCCGUCAACUUCGACAACAAUCAAUGCAAAUUCGCGCGGUCUUCUAUCUGAAGCCACAUCAGGUGGAGCUGAAAAUGGCAAAGAUUUUGCAAAUAAAAGUGGUAGCAGCGAGACAUGUUCAUUAAGUGGAUCUGACACUGCUGCCGCGCUACAAUUAAAACGGCAAAAACAGGCGGAUGCGGCACGCCAAAGGUAUCAACGAAUGACUCUGGAGGAGCGAAAGGAGGUAAAUCAGAAGCGGACCGAAGCACAGAAGCGUAAACGACAAAAGGAUAAAGAACUGGAGGAAUUAGAAUCACUACUACGACAAUCAAAAGAUAUAGAAGAUGAUCCUGCAAUAAAUGAACAACUAAGGGAAAAACGAAUCCGAGCUCGUCGUGCAGAGGCAGCACGGUUGCGUUAUCAGAGGAUGAGCUCGGAAGAAAGACGUGCUUACAAUCAGAGAAGACGUUUUCGACAGCUUGGCAUUCAAGGUGGUGAUGUUGUACUUGCUGCUUUGUUCUUGGUUGUUUUUUCGUGGAUAGUGAUCAAUAAGGGCGCUCGUUUGGAGGAAAGCGCAAAGAAAAACGGCAUGGAUGAGGAAAAGUUGCGACAGCAUAUUAUUGAACAAAAUGCUAAAAAGGCAGAAGCAGCAAGAUUGCGUUAUCAUCGAAUGACUGAUGAGGAGAAACGUCAAUACAAUCAGAGGCGCACGGAAGCUUUUCGUCGCAGACGUAUCGAAGAAGAAAUCUUGCUGUCUACUCCAGCAGGUCGUAUAAGUGCAGAAGCUCUGAACAGAGCGCAACAAAUUAUGUUACGUAAUGCUAAGCGAGCAGAAGCUGCUCGAUUGCGAUACCAACGAAUGACGCCAGAACAGCGACGGGCAUAUAAUCAGAAAAGAUCUCGUGCAAAAAAAGAACGCGAACGAGUGAUGCGUGCUGCAUCAGAGGACGCUAUGUCAAGCCUGUCAUCAUCUAUAAAUGGAAAUGAAAGUUCGGCGCAAGUUAACAGUAGUAACAGUGCAGUGGAACAGAAGCCAGUGAUUGAUAGUGUGGUUAGCGAAGAGGUGUUAUCUACUCUCGAAAGAGAUGUGCUAAAACGAACGCGACAAGCUAAUAUGGUACUAAUGCGACAAAAAAGGCUUCCACCGCAGGAACAAUUCGUUAUCGUGAGUACAAAUCCUGAUGGUACUCAAACAGUUAUCCCAGCAACAACUACAGAAGAUGGUAAACAAAUAUUUCACAUUCCUGCCACAGCAACAACGACGGAGGAUGGGAAACAAGUAUUUCAUAUUCCAGCAAUAACACAGCAACUUAUUAGUGCUGAUCCGAAUACUUUAACAUUGGUUGAUGAUUCGAAUAAACUAUUAGGGACCGCACAGCAACCACUGCAGAUAACAUCUGUACCGCAACUUCUCGGUUUACCACAGCAGCAGCAUAGCAACAGCCAUGACCACGGAGAAACAUCUCAUCAAGUUGCGAUGACUCAGCAACAACAGAUAAUCCCGCAGCUUGCUGAGUUGCACAAUGUACAAGAAGGCGGUGGUGCAGAUGAUGCACAGCAUACAUCGCGUGAAAAUCAAGUUGAUGCACACGGACAGUUGCAAGCACAUCAGCAACAAAGUUCGCAGCAACACAUGCAGCAACAGACACAACCCCAACAUAUUAUAGUAACUUUGCAGGAGCCUCAACAACCGAUGCAGCAUCAGAUAAUUGUUACUGAUUUGAAUCAAGCAACUGGAGCUGUUCUUUCAAGUAUGAGUGGGCACGGACGUUCACGCGGUCGUCCUCCGAUGUAUGCUGCUGCUGCUGCUGCCAUUCAACACCAACAAGGCAAUGUGAUGCUACCGCCAGGACAAGUUACAAUAACAGCGACACCGAUAAUAAGCGAGACAGAAAUAAAAGCUCCAUAUCGAGUAACUGCUCCACGUCAUAUGAAUACGGCGCCAAGUAGACGAGAUAUUUUGGCUGUUGCGACUGCAGCGUCAGUCGGACCAACAACAGGAAUUUCUCCAGAACAAAAGCUAGAAAUGCAGAGGGCAAAGCGAGCAGAGCGGGCAAGGUUACGUUAUCACAACAUGUCUGCUGAAGAGCGGCGCAAUUUCAAUGCACGCCGUGCUAAAGCUUUGCGGACAGCUCGUAUGAGAGAUGACGAAUUGUGUCGAAUGGCGGAAAGAGCUCAGAUGUCUGGAACUACUUUGGAUGCAGAUUUGAUGAUACAGGUAGCUGAAGCACAGCGCCGUCGUGCAAAACGAGCAGAAGCAGCUAGAUUGAAGUACCAUAGAAUGAGUAGUGAGGAACGACGCCAGUACAAUGCAAUGAGGGAUGCUCAAAGGCGUCAAAGAAAAAGACAGAAAGAAGAACAAGAAUUGCUGGAACGUGAACGUCAACAGCAAGAACAGCAGCAGCAACAACAACAGCGAAAUGAAAUCCACCACGAGACCCGUGAACAGGAUGCAAAUCGUGAAGGCAAUAGCGAACAAAUUCUCUAUGACUCAUACAUUCGAUAUGAUAGUCAAAUGGAUCAUGGUUGGGCAGUACAAGGUUGA